GCCACCAUGAGUGCGGACUCUGGGAUCCCGCACCAGCAGCAGAAGGACAUCGUCCAGUCCUUUUUCCAGUUCGACGCAUCCCGGGAUGCCGCAGAGCGCUUCUACAAUCGCUCGUCCGGCCCUCAAACGCCUGGGAACUUCUCAUCUCAGCCGCCUCUGGCUCCGAUGCCAAACAUGCACUUCGGCUCGGAUGCCCUCCAGCAUAUGAUACCCUCGAUGGAUCCGUCGCAACAGCAGGGGAUCUCACAGCCAUCUCAGUCGACACCUCAGGCUCUCCUUGAACACCAGUUCCGCCUCAACCAGUUGCAGCAACUCCAGCAGCUCCAAAAUCAGAUCUUCCAGCAGCAGCUGGAACUUUUGAGUGGUCAAAAUGCGUUCGGAGGACAGUCGCUAGCGGGUCAAGGCAUGGGAGACAGGCAGCGGGAGCAGCAGCAUUAUGGUCUUCCUACCCCAAUGCAGUCCGGUGAACUGCGUGCGCAACCCAGCCCCGACUAUGUCUCUCCUCUGCUCUUACACUCCGGCGCCGGCAUGUCAACCAUGCCGCAGCACCAGCCUUCCCUCCCACCGGACGUCUGCAACCUGCCUGGCUUCCUCUCUCAAUCGCACCAGAUGAUCCCGUCUGCGCCGCACUCCGCACCCGCGAACAUCGCCUUCGAGAUCGGCCCGCCGCUCUCGAUGCCUUCCGGCUCCUCCGGCGCAGACCACGACUUCAGCGACAUCUCACCGCUGACCAGCCCCUGGCUCGGGCCCUUCAACAACAACACACAAGCCAUGCCGAGCGCGAGCGGAAGUGCGGCUGGCAUCAAGCGGCGCGGGGCGACAUCUAGCGGGGACGAGGAUACGUCCAUGCCGAAGCCUUCGCGCAAGCGGCAGUCCUCUAUCAGGGCAGCCAUCCGACCCAACGCCGGCGCUCAGCAGAAGCGCACGUCCAUGCGGGGGUCCCGCUCAGCGAACUCGACGCCCUUGUUCAACGGGAUGGCGCGACCUGGUAUGAGCUUGGACGUCUCCGACAUGAAUGACCUCCCCGGCGACUCGCCAUCGCCCAUCGAGCUGCCGCCGAUGCCGCCUCCGGCUCACCCGCCUCAGCCGACGUCGCCACUCGAGCGCGAGUUCACCUCCGUGAAUGCCUCUGUCAUGAGCGUACCGUCCAAUGCUGCUGCGUCGAACCCGGCAAUGACGCCGGUGACCCCGGCAAGUAUCAUGAACCUAGGCAGACUGGGCAUCAACUCCGGUUUUGGCCCGCCGGGUGGGGCGCAAGAACAAGGGACUUCAAAGAGGAAGGACAGCACUGGCCGCACCAAGGCGGCUAGCAAGUCCUCCGCCUUCGCAGAGCCAGCACGGGCGACCAGGUCGGCCGACAAGGCUGCAAGCGUCCCGCUCAUCAGCCCAAGCCUUAAGCCUAUACGCCCAGCGGGCAAUGGGCCCGUCGCGCCUACGAGCCCUGCGCCGUCCACGACCCAGCCGAUCGUCCAAUUUCGCAAGUCUUCGCACAAGGCCGCUGAGCAGAAGCGGCGCGACUCGCUCAAGACGACCUUCGACGACCUCCGGGUCUUGCUCCCGCCCAUCCCGCUGCCCUCCGAGGACGAACCCAUCCUCCCCGGCGCGAUGCCCCCACGCGGCCCGCCGAAGGGCAACGCGGAGGGCCCGAAUCGCGCGGUGAGCAAGCUACAGCUGCUCCGCUGCGGCAACGAGUACAUCAAGGUCCUCAAGGCCCGCACGGACCGGCGCGACCAGGAGAUCGACCGGCUCCGCCAGGAGGUGGCGCGCCUCAGGCUCGUUGCGGGCCCGGCGGCAGAUGACGGGGGAGAGGAAAUUGAUCUGGAGAGAGAUUUGGACGCGGAGGAGACGGCGGGCGGUGGGGUUGGAGCUCUCCUCAUUGGCCGCUCGUUUCCUGGUGGCCGCGAGGGUUCUCUGGGGGAGGUCGAAGAGGCGGAUGAGGAGGGGGAGUCAUGACGAUAUGCAAUUUGUUGUUACAAUUUAUUCUCGGGCUUCGGUUGGCAGGAUGUUGGUAGAUAUACCAGAUACAGACGUAGAAAUAAGGCAUGUAUGUUGUAAAGUAUAACAUUAGAUGGGUAUUUGAGUCUUUCAGCUGA